CUGUCCUCUGAACUCCGUGGCCCCCUCACCCUGCUCCGGAUCCCGUCCCGUCCCGUCCCCCCUCGACCUGCCAUGCUCCUCCAGGCCGUGUUGCUGCUGCUGCUGCGCUGCUUGGCCUCCACCCUGGGCCAGUACGAACUCUGCAAGUCCCUGGUGAGCACGGACGAGGGCUCGGUGUGGGAGCAUUACGCGUGCCAGCCCAGUUCCGCCUCCAUGAAAGACUACAUGCGGAUCAAAGUGGACCCACCCGGCAUCACGUGUGGAAACCCACCCGAGAGGUACUGCACUCUGGAGAAUCCAUAUUUAUGUAGUGAUGAGUGCGACGCCUCUAAUCCAGACUUGGCCCACCCACCUCAGCUGAUGCAGGACCGUGAACGAAAUGGCCUUAUCACCUACUGGCAGACCGUCACGUGGAGGCGCCACCCAGAGCCGCUGCUCGCCAACAUCUCCUUGUCCUGGAAUAAGAGCCUGGAGCUCACGGACGACGUCCUGAUCACCUUCGAGUACGGCCGUCCCACCAUCAUGGUGCUGGAUAAAUCCAUGGACAACGGGCGCUCCUGGCAGCCCUACCAGUUCUACGCCGACGACUGCCUGGACGCUUUCAACAUGCCGCCCAAAAGGGUGUUUGAGCUCUCCCCCACGAACGUGACGCGGGUCAUCUGCACGGAGGAGUACUCCCGCUGGGUCGGCUCCAAGAACGACAAGAACGUGAAGUUUGAGGUGCGGGCGCGCUUCGCCGUGUUCGCCGGGCCUCGGCUCCAGAACAUGGACAACCUCUACACCCGCAUGGAAAGUAUGAAGGGACUGAGGGACUUCUUCACCUUCACCAACCUGAGGCUCAGGCUGCUCAGGCCCGCCCUCGGAGGCACCUACGUCCAGAGGGACAACCUGAUGAAGUACUUUUACGCCAUCUCCAACAUCGAGGUGCCUGCCAGGUGCAAGUGUAACCUCCAUGCCUCCCAGUGCCUGCUUAUCGAUGGGAACCUCCAAUGCCAGUGCGAGCACAACACCACCGGCCAGGACUGUCAGCGAUGCAAGAAGGGCUUCAAAGCCAAGUCCUGGAAAGCAGGCUCCUACCUGCCCGCACCCACCGGAACCCCCAACACCUGUACAAUUGCCGGCUCUCCCUCUGGUUCCAAUUGCGAGUGCUACGGGCACUCCAACCGCUGCAGCUACAUCGACUACCUGAACAUCGUCACAUGCGUCAGCUGCAAGCACAACACCAGAGGCCAGAACUGCCAGCACUGCAGACUGGGAUACUUCCGCAACGCCUCUGCCGAACUGGAUGACGAGAACGUCUGCAUUGAAUGUAACUGCAACCAGAUGGGCUCUGUACAUGACCGAUGUAACGGCACAGGCUUCUGCCAGUGUAAAGAUGGAGCCACGGGGGCCAAAUGUGACGACUGCCUGCCAGGCUACUACUGGAAACAAGGCUGUUACCUGAACGUUUGCGACGAGGAGAUGCUCCUGUGUCAGAACGGGGGGACCUGCUACCAGAACCAAAAGUGCGUCUGUCCUCCGGAGUUCAAGGGGAUCCUGUGCCAACAGUCCCGCUGCGAGGCGGGCAAGGACUGCAACGGCGCCGCGUGGCCGCACAUCUCCGCGGCGACCCUGCUGCUGUGCACUCUGUCAAACUACUUGCUGGCCACGUUAUCGCCCCACUGA